ACGGCACGGUGCCGCGUCCAACCCGCUCGAGAAAACCCUCGCCGCCGCACUCUCACGGGCUCACUCAUCAUUAGUUUAAGUGUGAGGCCGCCGCGUGCGCCGCCGGCGGAGGCGGCCACUCCGCCCGUCCCGCUCGCCGCUGCCGAUGACCGCACCACCUGAGACCGCGGCCACCCGGCAAAAACGGCGGCGAUGAGGAGGCCCGGCCCUUGGCGCAGACCCGCGCUCCCGAGCGGCGGCAGCGUCGGAUCCCUCCGCGCCGCGGGGCCAGCCCUCCCGUCCGCGCCGCGCCGCGACUCCGCCGGCUUGGAGGCCCGUGCUCGGGCAGCCGCCGCGAGUCGUCGGCGCCGGAUGCGGUGGCGGGGCCUCCGGGGACCGCGUGGCGAGGGACCGUCGCGGCUUCCGGUCGUGGGUUACGGCGACGCCAAGCCGUAGAUCUGAGCCGCCGUCUCCGCUUCGUUUCCUCCGUGUUUCGAUCCGGUACCUCCACCCCUCACCACCUCUCUCCCUCUCGCCCGCUCGCCGCGCGAGCGUGUGUGUGUGCAUGUGCAAGUGCAGUGCUCGGUUUGGUCGGUCGCUGGCUCCAGAUCUCACCUCUACGGGGGCCGCCUCCUCCGAGCAGUUGGUCCGUUGGGCGCUGGGAAACCUUAGGGGGUAGGGACGGACCCAGCGAUGCGAGGAACCGAGCGGUGGCGGUGCAGAAUCUUUGAAAGUACUCCGGUGACCAGGUGGUGAUCGACGGAAAUUUUGGUUUUGUACGCCGGGGAUCACCACCGGCACCACUGACCAGUGGCGGAGCUUUACAAACAAACAUUGGAUGCUUGUCAGCAUCAUCAUCUUCCUACAGACCGAGGGUUUGAUCGGUUGCUGGUUCCAGAUCCCACCUCCACGGGAGCCGCCUCCUCCGACCAGUUGGUCCGUUGGGUGCUGGGAACCCAUAGGGGGUAGGGACGGACCUAGCGAUGCGAGGAAUGGAGCAGUGGCUUGUCAGAAUCUUUGCAAAUACCCUGGAGUCUGGAUAUUGGUAUAUCCAAAACAUCUUAUACUCCCUCCGUUCCUAAAUAUAAGUCUUUUUAGAGAUUACAAUACAGACUACAUACGGAGCAAAAUGGGUGAAUCUACAUUCUAAAAUGCGUCUAUAUACACCGUAUGUAGUUCUUAUUGAAAUCUCUAAAAUCCCCUCACAAUCAUCAUCAUCAUCAUGAUCAUCUCCCUUGCUGUCACAAUCAGCUUGGUCCUCUUUGGUUCAGAGGAUUCUACAAAAGAAAGAGAGGAAUAUGUGAUAGUCCUAAAGAAUUCCUUUGAAUCAAAGAGCCCCCCAACUUGUUGCUGCUGCUGUUGUUGGUGGUGCAAGCUAGUGCGAAGUUCAUAUGAACUUCCUUUGAAUCAAAGAGGCCCUAAGGCUGUCGCACCUUUUGUUUGUGAAUGAUGCAUGGCUUUAUGAUCAACCGGGCCUGGGCCAUUCUUGCUAGGGCGAUGAUGAUUGACCAUGGCUGAAAUAGUGUGUCUUUGAGCAAUCGAGGCACCUGUGGGUAUCAACUUGGAUCCUCCCUCUUGUCUCUAGAAUCCUUUUUGAUCAUGUGAUACUGAUGGCUCUGUCCUUGGACGGUCAUUCUUCUUGAGUGACAACCAGGGCAGCUCCACAGUAUAAACUGGUUGAUCUGGUUAUAGCAGAUGAUGUGGGUAGGUUAUAUGAUUGAGCAAAGGCGAAUCUGAGCCCACUAUGCAAUAAGCUCCAUUGUUUAUAUCUGUCUUGUGUAAAGAUUUCUUCUCUAUACCUUCAUUGCAUAAGUUUUGCUUGACCUUUUUUUGUUCGCCGUUGCUCCUUAAUUUAAUCGGGUUAAGAGUAAGUUGCACUUUGUUAUGUUAAGAAGACUUGCUCCCAACAAAUUAUCGGUUGAAUGGCUUGUUUUAAUCAGUUGUCAUACUAUCACUUCUAUUUUUCUGCAAGUUACCAGUUGCAGCUAUUUGUUCUUACAUGCUACAAAUAAUAAUGCAACUGGAUUGUUUUGGAGAGAAUGCUGGACUUUUCAUGUAAAGAGUGACCGAGGCAGAAUGUCACAUGUUACUGUUUGUAGCCAUAAGCAAUUUUUCAACUGCUUUGAUUAAGUUGCUAGGUUAAUCUGAGCCAUUGAGCGGUCAUUUUCUUUUGUUUUCUUUAGUUUGUUCUGAAGCUUUCCCCAAUUCUGUCUGUGGCCACUACAUUUUUUUGGAUCAUCCACCAGACUAAAUGUAGCUGAACUUCAAAGGAUGUGUGUUUUGUUAGUGUCUUAACUUGUUUCCUUGCUAAGUCUUCUAGGUUAUGUUGUUCUGGUGCUGCCUUCUUUAUACAUAUAUUUUUUGCAUCGCUUUGUCUUGCACUCUUCUUGGCAAGCUUAUAACAAUGAUGACCUUUGUCCAUUUAGACAUAGCAACGCGCGCUCUGCACUUGACAUGUGGAGAAGGCACGCUGUCUCAAAAAAAAGUGGAGAAGGCACGCAUGGUACCGCUCGACAAAACCCUCGCCGUCGCACUCUCUCACAUGCUCACUAAUCAUUAGUUUUAAGUGUGAGACCACUGUGGCCACUUGGAAAAUGGUGGCGAUGAGGAGGCGCGACCACUCAAAAAACAGUGGCGAUGAGGAGGCCCGGCCCUUGUCGGCGACCUGUCCCUCUGAACGGCGGCAACGUUGGAUCUUUGCCUCGCGGGGCCAGCUCACCCUUCUGCUCCGUGCCACGAAGCCGCCGGCACGGCGGCCCUUGCGCUGGGCAGCUGCUGCGGCAUCGUCGGUGUCAAGUGCGACGGUGGGGGUUGUGGGGACCGCGGGGCGGGGGACUGGCAUAAUUUCCUAUUGUGGGUUCUGACGACAUCAAGCUGUAGAUCUGAGCCGCCGCCAUGUCCACUUCAUUUCUUCCAUGUUUCGAUUUGGUAACCCACCCCACUUCCUCCCCCUCGCUCGCUGUGCAAUGUGAGCGCGUCCAUUUAUAAGGAGGUGCUUAUGUGUUCUACAUGUGCGAGUCUCGGCGUUUUGGUGAAGGUGGAGCUGUGCAAGUGUUUGGUUGGUCGCUGGUUCCAGAUCCCACCUCUAUGGGGGCUGCCUCUGUUGGAUGCUGGGAAAUCUUAGGGGGUAGGGACGGACCCAGCCAGUGAUGGCACUGCCACAACCUUUGCAAGUAAUUUGGCGACCACCACUGUCAGUGGCUUAGCUUUGCCAAUAAAUAUUGGAACCUCGUCAGCAUCAUUAUCUUGGUCGCUGUCUCAAUCACCUUGGUACUCUUUGGUUCACAGGAUUCUAGAAAUGUGGGAAUAUGAAGGAAUAUGUGAUAGAAUCAUCCAAAAUUCCUUUGAAUCAAAGAGGCCUCAAACUUGCUGGUGGUGGUGGUGGUGAUGCUGGUGCUGGUGCAAGCUCCUCUCUCUCUACUGCAAAGUUCCUAUGAGCUUCCUUUGAUCAAAGAGGCCCUAAGCUGUCACACUUCUUGUUUGUGUAUGGUGCAUGGCUUUAUGAUUAACCUCAGUGUCUGGUUGCUGAACUGUGCCGUGCUGAAUGGACUUUCCAUUUUGACAAGUCUGCUAGAGUUGCUCUUAGCUGGCGUGGGGCUAUGAUGAUUAAUUAUGGCUGAUAUAAGCAUGCUCUCGAGCAAUCGAGGCACUUGCGGGUAUUAAGUUGGAUCCCCCCUCGUUUCUUUGAGCCAUUUUGAUCAUGUGCUUAUUUUAGUGGCUCUGUCCUUGGAUGGUCAUUUCUGAUGGGUGAUAACCAGGACAGUCUCACCAUUGUAAGAACAGAUUGAUCUGGUGAUGGAGACACUAGUGGAAGGGUCAUAUGAUCGAGCAAAGGUGAACCUGAGCCCAUUCAAUUGCAGUUCUGGUCUCAAGAACAAUGUGCUAUGUUGUUGCCGUUCUGUAUUUAUAUUUAGCUCCUAUUUGGUUGGCAGGAUUUUAAGAACACAUUAAAGGGCAGCCUGGUGCAUGUAGCUCCUGCUUGCGCAGGGUCUGGGGAAGGGUCGCAUCGCUUUGGGUCUAUUGUACGCAGCCUUUCACUACAUUUCUCUAAAAGGCUGUUUCCAGGACUUGAACCCGUGAUCUCAUGGUCACAAGGCAGCAGCUUUAGCACUGCACCAAGUCUCCCCUUCAUUUUAAGAACACAUUGAAGGAAAAAAAAAUGAAGGAUUCCAUUGUUAGGGCAACUCCAACACUUACCCUGAACAGCCGGCUGGGUGGAGGCCAUUCUUGCUAUGGCGAUGAUGAUUGACCGUGCCUGGAAUAAGUGUGCCUUUGAGCAAUCGAGGCACCUAGGUAUGAAGUUGGAUCCCCCCUCUUGUCUCUAGGAUCCAUUUUGAUCUGUGAUAGUGAUGGCUCUGUCCUUGGAUGGUCAUUCUUGGUGAGUGAUAACCAGGGCAGCUCCACAGUAUAAAUGGUUGAUCUGGUGAUAAGAGAUGAUGGGGGUAGGUUAUAUGAUGGAGCAAAGGCGAAUCUGAGCCCACUAUGCAAUAAGCCCGAACCCCUUUUUAUUUGUAUUUAAAGGUGUUGCUUAUUUAUGCUCUAGUGUUUAUAUCUGUCCUGUGUAUAGAUUUCUUCUCUUAUACCUUUAUUGCAUAAGUUGUGCUUAAUCUAGUCUGGUUAAGAGUAAGUUGCACUUUUUUAUAUUAAGAUGACUUGCUCCCAGCAAAUUACCGGUUGAAUGGCUUCUUUUAAUUAGUUACUCCCUCUGUUCAUCAGUACAAGACCUUUUGAUAGUUUAAUUCGAACUGCCAAAACGUCUUAUAUUGAUGAAUAGAGGUAGUAUCAUACUGUUACUUCUGUUUUCCCGCAAGUUACCAGUUGCAGCUAUUUGUUCUCACAUGCUACAAAUAAUAAUGCUACUGGAUUUUUUAGAUUUUUUUUGGAGAGAAUGCUGGACUGUUCAUGUCAAGAGUGACCGAGGUAGCAUGUCAAAUGUUCUGUCUGUAUCCAUAAGCAAUUUUUUGACCGCUGUGAUUAAGUUGCUGGGUUAAUCUGAGCCAUUGAGCGGACAUUCCCUUUUGUUUCUUUAGUUUGUUCAGAAGCUUUCCCCAAUUCUGUCUGUCACCACUGCAUUAUUUGGGUCAUGCACCAGACUAAAUGUUGGUGAACUUCGAAGGAUGUGUUGUUUUUGUUAGCUUCUUAACUUAUUUCCUUGUCAAGUAAGCCUUUGGGGUUAUUCUGUUUUGUUGCUGCCUUCCUUGUACAUAUAGUUUUGGUCUUUUGCAUCGCUUUAUCUUGCACUCUUCCUGGCAAGCUUAUAUCAGUGAUGACCUUCGUCCAUUUAGUCGUAGUAUCUAUUUGAAUAAUGAAAAUUUGCUACCAUUUGGUUAUCACCAGAUGUUUGUCUGUUGACAAAACAUGUUCCAGGAAGGCAUUUUGUCUGCUAUGUUUUUUUUGAAAUAGAAUUCUGAUUCGGGGCAACGAUGAUUGACCAUUGCUGAUAUAAGCAUGCUCUCGAGCAAUCGAGUAAGCUGUGGGUAUUAAGUUCGAUACUUCCUCGUCACUUGGAGCCAUUUCAACCACGACAAGAAUUAUGGAACGGAGGGAGUAUAUUUUUUUUGUGGCUGUCCUUGGAAGGUCAUCUUGAUGAGUGAUAACCAGGGCAGCCCCACACUAUAGUAUAUAUUUUCCUGGCAAGCUUAUAUCAGUGAUGACCUUCGUCCAUUUAGUCAUAGUAUCUAUUUGAAUAAUGAAAAUUUGCUACCAUUUGGUUAUCACCAGAUGUUUGUCUGUUGACAAAACAUGGUCCAGGAAGGCAUUUUGUCUGCUAUGUUUUUUUGAAAUAGAAUUCUGAUUCGGGGCAACGAUGAUUGACCAUUGCUGAUAUAAGCAUGCUCUCGAGCAAUCGAGUAAGCUGUGGAUAUUAAGUUCGACACUUCCUCGUCUCUUGGAGCCAUUUCAACCACGACAAGAAUUAUGGAUCGGAGGGAGUAUAUAUUUUUUUGUGGCUGUCCUUGGAAGGUCAUCUUGAUGAGUGAUAACCAGGGCAGCCCCACACUAUAAACGGGUUGAUCUGGUGAUAAGAGAUGAUGGGGGUAGGUUAUAUGAUCGAGCAAAGGCAAAUCUGAGCCCCCUCAAAUGCAAUUCUAGUGCUCUUUCAGCAUAAUGUGCUACACUGUUUCUCUUUUUUUAUCUGUAUUUGAAGGUGUCGCUUAUUUAUGCAACUGUGUUUAUAGCUGUCCUGUGUACAUAUUUCUUCCCUUAUACCUUUAUUGCGUAAGUUGUUCUUGCCCUUUUUUCCGUUCUUGCAUCUGUCUGCACUAUAGUACAUCAAGUAUCAACAACAACAACAACACACGGAGCCUUUGUUCCCAAACAAGUUGGGGUAGGCUAGAGGUGAAACCCAUAAGAUCUCGCAACCAACUCAUGGCUCUGGCACAUGGAUAGCAAGCUUCCACGCACCCCUGUCCAUAGCUAGCUCUUUGGUGAUACUCCAAUCCUUCAGGUCUCUCUUAACGGACUCCUUCCAUGUCAAGUAUCAGCCAAGAAAAAUUUGUACUUUGAUGCUACAUAUUCAGUUUUCAACUUAAAUGGAUUGCUGUGGCCCCCAGCAUACUAUAUUUUGUGGUUGCACACAUGCACAGCAAAAUACUCCAAAUCUGCUGUGGUCUAAUGAUGCUCUCAGUAGAUAGCAUAUUCUUGGUUGGUUCACCAGUCAUCAGAUAAUUUUGCAUGUAGGCAUUGCUAUUGAUGAUGUUCCACAAGAUUCUGGAUCCUCCUAACUGCGAAGGAUGUUUGUUUUGUUAGCUUCUUAACUUUCUUUUCCUUGCUAAGCAAGCCUUUGGGGUAAUUCUAUUUUGUUGCUGCCUUCUUUUUACAUAUAGUUUUGCAUCGCUUUGCUCUGCACUCUUCCUGGCAUGCUUAUAACAGAGACCUUUGUCCAUUAGACAUAGUAACUAUUUGAAUAAUCAAAAUUCGCUACCAUUUGGUCACCACCAGAAGUUUUUUAGUUGACAAAACAUGGUCCAGGAAGGUAUUUUGUCUGCUAUAUGUUUUUUGAAAUAGAAUUCUGAUUUGGGGCAAUGAUGAUUGACCAAUGCUGAUAUAAGCAUGCUCUUGAGCAAUCGAGUAAGCUGUGCGUAUUCAGCUGGAUCCUCCCUCGUCUCUUGGAGCCGUUUCAACCAUGACAAGAAUUAUGGAACGGAGGGAGUACUAAGAGCAACUGUUAACAGAUUUGCUAUAUUUUUGGUGGCUGUCCUUGGAAGGUCAUCUUGAUGAGUGAUAACCAGGGCAGCUCCACACUAUAAACGGGUUGAUCUGGUGACAAGAAUGAGGUAGGUUAUAUGAUUGAGCAAAGGCAAAUCUGAGCCCCCUCAAAUGCAAUUCUAGUGCUCUUUCAACAUAAUGUGCUACACUGUUUCUCUUUUUUUAUCUGUAUUUGAAGGUGUUGCUUAUUUAUGCAACUGUGUUUAUAGCUGUCCUGUGUACAUAUUUCUUCCCUCGUACCUUUAUUGCGUAAGUUGUUCUUGCCCUUUUUUUCGUUCUUACAUCUCUCUGCACUAUAGUACAUCAAGUAUCAGCCAAGAAAAAUUUGUACUUUGAUGCUACAUAUUCAGUUUUCAACUUAAAUGGAUUGCUGUGGCCCCCAGCAUACUAUAUUUUGUGGUCGCACACAUGCACAGCAAAAUACUCCAAAUCUGAUGUGGUCUAAUGAUGCUCUAUCAUGUAUUUUAAUAAGCAUGCCUUAGAGCAAGCUUCUAUAUCGCCGCCCUUCUCCACGGAAGCAUAUGUUCAAGUCACAAGCGAGUGUUGGUGGUGCUGUAAUUCGUAUGGUCAAUCAGUGCAACAUGCUCCUCAUAUACUUUUUGGAUGCAACUGAGAGUGCAUGUGCACAUUAAAUGCUGUGAAUCAAAGCUUGUGUGCCUGGUCAGUAAUUUUGAUAUGUGAGCCCUCGAUUGGCUAUGUAUAAUGUGUUGUUCUCUCGCCAUGUAUGUGUUGAGUGUUGGUUAACAAAAUGAUAAUGUUCAGUGAAAUUUUUCAAUAUCAAACAAAUUUGUUUUACAGAGUUUUUUUAGUUCUAUUGAAUUUCCCAUGAGAGUUUUGUAUACCGGUACCAUUGUGUCUCUUCAUGAAUGCGGUCCUGCUGGGCAAGCCUGAGAAGCCCUUGUACUAAUAGUUUGUGUAUCUGAGCAGUUUCUUCCUUUCAACUGCGAUGAUGUGUGCAAUUUCAUCUUGAUUGUAAAGUAGAGUUUCCUUUCUACUUGAGGUUAGAUCGAGGUCAGUAGGCAUCAGGAGGAUUACAUAGCCCAGUAUCCUCCCUUGCCACAUAAUUUUGCAAGCUAUUGGUGACCAUGAAUUUUUACGGGUUCUGUAUGCUAAACAAUGCUCUCUGUUUAAUGCAAGAUAUUUUGUUUGUAUUGUAUUGCUAUUGCACAAGAUUUCUGGUCCUAAUUUUGAGGCACUAUUUGGUUUUGCUUGACAGUAAUUUUGGCGCUUUACAUUUCAACUAAAAUGCAGGCAGGGCAUGUUGUUUGGUCAUCUGAUCUUUUUCUUCUCUCCUACGGCUACUUGUUCUUUGUUUGUUUCUGAUCAUUUUGGCUGCUCUCAAGAGAUGCUUACCAUAUUCUCGCUUGGUUCAUCAGUGACCUCAUCCAUUUGGUUUGGUGCCAAAAGAGAAAGGGUCUUCCAACCAAGUUUCAUGUUGAUCUCAUUGGCUCUAGCUUGUAGAUAUCGCUGCCUGUGGAACAUAUUUUAGCGUCUCCUAAGUUGGGUUCUAGAGUGGUUGCACUCUGUUAUACCAAGGUAGACUUGCUGGCUUGUUUUUAAAUGGUUGUCAUACCAGCAUUGUUUUCUCCUCGCAAAUUACCAUUUUGUUCUUUCAUGCGACAUUUUGUUCUUACAGCAAGUAUGUUGCAUGUUGCUGUCUGUAACCAUAAGCAAAUUUUUGACUGCUGUGACUGUGAUUGGGUUGCUGGGUUUAGCUGAGCCACUGAGGUGAUAUUUCUUGGAGAUGCUCUGCUCCUUCACUUGAUGGUCCCAAACAUAUCGUUGCCGUAAGAGCAUCUUUCUUGAAGUCUCGAGUGCCAGUUUGGGUGUUCGACGCCUAUGGUCUGUUCUAAGUGCUGCGGUUUGUCGUGUUUCCCGUGACAGGUUUCUUCAAUGUUAAGCAUCAUUUAGCAUGUUAUUGUUUUCUCAAACCGUCUGUCUUCAUCUCUUGGACUUGGUUUGAAUAAUUAUGCACUUUUGGAUGUACGUGUGCAGGGCUGCAUGCAGGCUGGCUGGCUGGCUGGGAGUGUAGGUUCUCGCACACCAGCGCCUUCUUAAAUCCAACACCACAUGCCACAUGGGCAGGGACGCCGGCGAGCUGCAGAAAUGGGGGCCUCCUCCCAGCUCGCCGCCAUCCCGGCGCUGCUGUUGCUGCUCCUCAUGGCAUCCGCGCCCGCACCGGCAGCAGCAGUGAGCCCCUCCAAGCGCCCCACCCAUCAGCCUCCCUCUUUCCCCGCAGGAAUCUCUACCCUGCGGCAGCGGGCUGCAAGCUCGAGCGGCGGGUACGCCACUGCGGCGAAUCCGUACACGGCGCACUACUUCCCGCAGGAGCUGGACCACUUCACCUUCACGCCCAACUCCUCCCGCGUCUUCUCCCAGAAGUACCUCCUCAACGACACCUUCUGGCGGCGGAAGCCCACCGUCGAGCCGCUGUUCGUGUACAUGGGUGGCGAGGCCGACAUCGAGUGGUUGGCCACCACCACCGGCUUCAUGUUCGACAUCGCGCCAGAGUUCGGGGCUCUCAUCGUCUUCAUCGAGGUACCCUUCUUUGCCACAUCCUCCGCCAUGGCUGAUACUUUCAGGUUUCAGCUAAUCAUCAUAUCAUCGGUGGCCACGCCUUGGUCCAAAUUUUGGUUGUCGUGUUGCACACCAUUUUGUUUCUAAUUAAGCAUAUUAAUAAUAAUACUAUUAAGAGGUAAAGGGCCAACAAAUGCAUCUAUAUAGACUAGAUCGGUUGAGACACAUACGAUUAUUUUCUGUUAGUUGGAUCAAGAACAAAAUUCCCGCAAAAAAAUCAGAGCAAAUUUAUCAACUAAAUAUUUUCCAUCCGUACUCCACAUUGUUUAUAGAUGUAAAUAAUUCUAUAUAAAGAGUAGAAUUCUGAAAUAUAUAUAAAAACACAUUUCAAAAUGUUAAAAAAUUCUGAACAAUAAUUUCGUGUGUACAUCCGGACAUUCUAUCUAUCUUCGCACACAAAAAUUCGCAAAUAUAUAUAAAAAAUUUGUGGCAUGUAUAAAAAGGAAAAAAAAAUGUCUCAUGAAUAGUUGUAAUCAAGCACCGAAAAUUGUAUUUUUUACACAAGCCACAAAAAUUGUCCCUUUUCAUCGAAACUUUGUGCGUGAACAUAUAAUGUCCGGAUGUUCACAUGGGGUUUUUUCUCGAAUUUUUUGAACUUCUUAAAAAUAUGUAUUUAGACAAUGGGUGCAAUACACCUAUGAACCAAAGUGAAUUUCCGCUACAUACGGAUGUAUAUAGACAUAUUUAGAGUGUAGAUUCGCUCAUUUUACUUCGUAUGUUGUUCAUAUUGAAAUCUUUGAAAGGACUUAUAUUUAGGAAUGAAGGGAGUAGGACAUUAACUAGCCCAAUUCAGGCUUUGAUAAGAUAUAAGAUAAUAACAUGCGGAUUAUGUUACAGAAAUCAAACUAAUAUAAUUGGAUUUGUAAUAUAAAUCUCUUUUCUUCACUUAUCAUUUGAUUAUUUUUAUCUUAACUGCAAAUGAAAUAUUGAUUAUAUAGUUUAAAAUUGAAAAAAUGUGUGCCUUGCAUUUGUUACGGAGGGACCAUGCAAUAAGUUAUUUUAGUCACGCUAAAAACAUGGCAUACUUACAUGACAUGGUCGAUGAGAGAGAGAGUGAGAGAAGUCUGAAAUAACAAUUGACGGAGCGAUACAAAGAAAAGUUCAUGUCUACAAGGUAUGCAAGAGUUGGUGGUAGCUAGGAAGAUAAUACAGAUAAUGUUUUCACAAUUAUCGUUAAAUAUGAACACAUUACAUUAGUAGACAUGGAACAAAGGAAAUUAGAGUAAGGCAGCAUGUGUGGAAGCAUGUCGAUGCAUGUCAUAUCCCUAAUUGAACCUAACUGCAAUACCACUAACGACGAGAAAGGGAAGAAAAAAGGCCCAAUGAUAUUAUGUUUCGAUUAUUUCUUAUUUAAAGCUCCUCUUCAAGAUAAAUGUGAGAUGCUAAACACCAGCAAUUGUCCGAUCUACGCGAAUUUCAUUAGCACAAGAUAGUUGGUGGGUACAAUUGGUAGAUCGGGAUGUACGAUACCCUGCCUUAGAGGAUGAACUAGGGUUCCUAGCUACUAUGAAUUUGGGGAAUUUUCGGGUCUCCCGUGCCCUGCCUUGCUACAUAUAGCUGGCCAGCUCAUACAGUAAUUAAACGGUUACAACACAGUGAAGUUUAAAGUGAGAAGUAACUGGCGAGGAUCCAUCCGAGCCGUUGGAUCUCCCUGAACUCCCUCGAGUCAUCUUGACCGUUGCUUGACUGAACUUGUGCGCUGUUGGUGGUCUUCAGAACUGUCUUGGUUUCGGUCCUGACAAUGCCGCCGCCAUAACAACCGCCUUGUCCUCAAGGUGGAAUAACUUGUGGCCUGGGAAUGUCUUGUUUAAAAAUGCCGCAUCUUCCCACGUCGCAUCGUUUGGCGCCAAACUUUCCCAUUGUACCAAGCACUGACCCACAGGUGUUUUGUUCCUUUGUAUGACCCUACGAUCCAACACCGCCACCGGAAUUGUUUUGACAUAUCCUUCUGCUGUUACUAGUGGAACAUGAGGCAGAGGAACCGCUCGAUGACCCACAUGCUUCUUGAGUUGACUGAUGUGGAAAACAGGGUGAAUGUGAGUGCUCUCUGGCAGUUGUAAUUUGUAUGAAACUUCUCCAAUUCUCUCCAGAAUUUUAUACGGUCCAUAGAAUUUUGACCUCAACUUCAGUGAGCCUCUCAGCCCAAAAGCAUUUUGCCUGUAAGGUUGUAUCUUAAGAUACACCAUUUCUCCCACCUCAAAUGUUCUUUCAGUCCCGUUCCUAUCUGCAAAAUACUUAAUCCUGCUUUGUGCCUGUUCCAAGUUGGCUUUCAGCUUGUUCAUCAUGUUUUCCCUUUCCUUUCUGAAACUGUCAAUCUUGCUUCUGGAGAUAAUGUGGUGUCCAUAGCAAAUUCUCCCACUUGAGGUGGCUUGUAGCCAUAGAGAGCUUGAAAUGGAGUACACUUGAGAGAAGAAUGGUAACUGGUGUUAUACCAUAGUUCAGCUAAUGGCAACCACUUUAACCAUUUCUUUGGUUCUUGGAACACUAUCCCUCGCAAAUAAGCCUCUAGACAUUGAUUUACUCGUUCUGUCUGGCCAUCUGUUUGAGGAUGUGAAGCUGUACUGAAUCUGAUCUGCACCCCAAAUGCUGUGAACAAUUCCUGGUAUAAGUUACUGGUGAAGAUAGUGUCUCUGUCCGACACUAUGCAGAUCGGAAGCCCAUGUAACUUGAUAACAUUAUCCAUUAAGGCUUCAAAUACAGUUAUCACUGAGAAAGGAUGUGCCAAGGGAAUGAAAUGGGAGUAUUUGGUUAGCCUGUCCACUACUACCAGAAUGACCUCUUUGCCUUGAGAAUUUGGCAGUGCAGUGAUAAAAUCCAUGGUAAUAUGUGACCAAGCCAUAUCAGGAACAGGAAGUGGUUGCAGCAACCCAGGAGGAUGGAUGUGUUCUACUUUGUUCAAUUGGCACACAGGACACUGGCUAAUGAAUUCUUCUAUGUUCUUCUUCAUGUUGGGCCAGUAAAAUACCUUUUUCAUCCUGUAAUAAGUUGCUUUACUCCCAGAAUGGCCUCCCAAUGCCGAGGAAUGGAAGGUUUGCAGUAACUGUUGCCUGAAUCCUGUGCUGGCUCCUACAUAGAUUCUGUUUUUGUAUUUUAACAGCCCUUUUGUCAAGGAGAACUUGGGAUCUGGACCAAUAUCGGCAGCUACUUUCUGCAGUAAUUUAUUGCUGUCCUGAUCCCCUUGAUAGCUUUGUAUCACAUCCUCCGUCCACUUUGGAACUACAACAGUAACACUGUUGCACUGCAUUGCUUGUAUUGUCUCUUUCCUAGAAAGUGCAUCAGCCACUACAUUUUCUUUUCCCUUUUUAUACUCAAUAGUAUAGUCAUACUCCAACAAUUUCAGCAGCAACUUGUGUUGUACCCCUUCUGUCAACCUCUGAGUUGUCAUAUAUUUCAGUGACUGUUGAUCUGUUUUAAUGAUCAAUUUGUUUCCCCACACAUAAUGUCUCCACUUCUUGAUUGCUUCUAGGAUGGCCAUUGCUUCCUUCUCAUAAAUGGACUGAGCUGCAGACUUUGGUCCUAAACUUUUACUGAGAUAAGCCAGUGGCUUCCCUUUUUGCAUAAGAACUGCUCCAAUACCUGUGGCACAUGCAUCAGCUUCAAUAGUGAAAGGCACAGUAAAAUCUGGCAGUGCUAACACAGGGCAGCUUGUCAUUGCUUCCUUUAAUUUUUGAAAAGCUUGUUUCUGUGCUAUGCCCCACUGAAAUGCAUCUUUUCUCAACAUAUCAUGCAAAGGUCUACAGAUUUUCCCAUAAUCUUUAACAAAUCUUCUGUAAUACCCUGUUAGACCCAGGAAUCCUCUUAACUUGGUGGCAUUUUCUGGUUCUGGCCAAUCCAACACAUCUCUGAUUUUCCCUGGAUCCGUGGACACUCCUUGUUCAGAAAUCACAUGACCCAGAUAAUUCACUUGAUUUGUUGCAAAUGUACACUUAGACCUUUUUACAUACAACUUAUGUUUUUGCAGUGUGGCAAAAGUUCUUUCCAAAUGUUCCACAUGUUUUUCUAAGGAUUUACUGAAAACCAGCAUGUCAUCAAAGAAUACCAAUAUACAUUUCUCCUCCUCUGGUUCAUUGAUUUCUUCACAAACAUUGUUCAUCAGCCCUUGGAAAGUACCAGGGCCACUAGACAGACCAAACGGUACCACUGUAUAUUCAUAAUGCCCCAUAUGAGUCUUGAAGGCAGUUUUUGGAAUAUCUUCAGUGGCCAUUCUGAUUUGGUGGUAACCUGACCUCAGAUCUAACUUAGUGAACACCUUAGCCCCAUAGAGCUCAUCCAACAAGUCCUCAAUUAUGGGCAUGGGAAAUUUAUUCUUUAUUGUGAGUGCAUUUAGCUCUCUGUAGUCCACACACAAUCUCCAUCCUCCAUCUUUCUUUCUGAUCAUAAUUGCAGGAGAAGAGAAGGGACUGAAACUCUCUUGUAUUUCUCCCUUUUUAAUUAAUUGCUUGAUAAUUUCUUUCAUGGCCUGCUUUUGGUAAUGAGGCACUCUGUAAGGUCUCAGAUUAGGUGGUUUUGCCCCUUCCUGUAACACAAUUCUGUGAUCACACUCUCUUUUGGGAGGAAGUUCUUGAGACUCUUCAAAAAUCUCAGCAAAUUUAUGGAGGAGUGGUUGUAGAGCUACAGGAGGAGGAGUUUGUUCUGUGUUGUUAUCUGAUUCCAACUCAUGUACUUGGAGGAUGUAUCCCAUAACACCUUUCUUCAGUAACUUUUCCAUUCUGGCUGCUGAAAUUACACACUUUUUCCUUGGUAUUGUAUAAUCAAACAAGGUGACUGGUUGUCCUUGCUUGGUCAGAACCAACAGCCUUUCCACCAGAUCUAAGCAAAUGGGACUGUACUGAUAAAUCCAAUCAGCUCCCAAUAUAAUGUCAUAGGAGACUAGAUCUAACACUUUAAAACUGCUGUGGAAAGUAUGACCUUGCACUUUGAAAUUUCUGUCUGGAAUCUUAGCUACAGAAACUAAUUUUCCACCACCUGCCACUGUUACCUUUCUGGGAGACAUAGGUUGUUGGAAACAAUUACUUUUAAUUGCAAAUUCUGUGCUCAUGAAUGUGUCCGAUGAUCCACUGUCAAACAGAGCUGUUGCUUUCUUUCCAUCCACUUCUACUAUCAAGGCAAAUGUGUUUGCCCCUGUUG